GAAGCCGUCUGGGUAGGUGGGAUCCCGCAAGACUCCAUCUCCCAGGCUGUUUCGCGCGAAGCCGGAAGUUGUGGUCUACUAUAAAGGGGAGAGGCGGGGCAUUCCGCCGGCUCUUUGGAGAAUGUCUUGGUCUUCAAGUUUAACGUUCCUGGUGCCUCCAUCUGCUCCUUGUGUGACAUCAUCUUCUGAUCCUUCUCCGUCCUGCUCUCCCCACACCGGGACCCUCCAGAAUAUCUCUGUCCCCCAAAAUGUGGUGCCUCAAACUGAACCGAACCUCUGGGAUAGUCUGAUCGGGCCGAAUGUGUGGGGACUCUCAUACCAGUGACCACCGUCCUGCAAGCCUCCUACCUGUCUACCAGCCGAGCAAGGCUUGGGGGAUCCGGGCUGGUUCUCUGCGACUUUGCCUUUUUAAAAACUAUGUGCUCUAGAGUCUAGACUUCUGUCAGCAUGGAAGUGAAGUUCACACACUCAGCUAACGUUUGCAAGCCAAGGGGAAAGGCUACUAUCACCCUUACUCCUUCAGCAGUGACCCCGGCUUAGCUUCUUGCUACAAGUCUGAAUGUCUUGUGAACUCUAUUUUAACUUUUUUUUUUUGGUAGGGCAAUGAGGGUUAAGUGACUUGCCCAGGGUCACACAGCUAGUAAAUGUCAAGUGUCUGAGGCUGGAUUUGAACUCAAGUCCUCCUGAAUCCAGGGCCGGUGCUGUAUCCACUGCGCCACCUAGCUGCCCCUUCUAUUUUAACUUUUAAGAAGCCCCACCAGAUGUCUGGACCCAGUAUUGGUUUUGCUCUCCCGACCAUUUCCAUCCAGGGAUCUGGUGUCCUAGCUCCAGCAUGCCCCUUCUGCAGGUCAAGGGUACAGUUCUCAGUUCUGAAGCCAAAUGAGAGCUCCAGCCUGGGGCCUUCCAAGGAGCUGUUAGAUGCCAGAGCAGGGCUCCACCCCACUCUCGCAGCUAGAUCUCUGACUCACCUGGCUCCCAGAACACCCAGGCAGGGAACUCGGGCUGAGUCUAUGCAGGAGCGAGAUGGCCGUGGGACAGUUUUACCUCUUCUCCCUGGUCCUGGGAACCCUGGGCUCCCUCUGUGUGCUCUUCACAGUCUACUGGGUACAUCACUGGCGUGGCGGCUUUGGCUGGGAUGGCACUAGCCUCAUGUUCAACUGGCACCCAGUCCUGAUGGUGGCUGGCAUGGUGGUGCUGUACGGGGCCGCCUCGUUAGUGUACCGAAUGCCCCAGUCCUGGGUGGGGCCCAAGUUGCCAUGGAAGCUGCUCCACGCGGUGCUGCACCUGGUGGCCUUCGUCCUGGCGGUGCUGGGCAUGGUCGCAGUCUUCAAGUUUCACAGCCACAACCACAUUGCAAAUCUCUACUCCCUGCACAGCUGGCUGGGGAUCACGGCCGUCACCCUUUUCGCCUGCCAGUGGUUCCUGGGCUUUAGCAUCUUCCUGCUGCCCUGGGCCUCCCCGUGGCUCCGCAGCCUCCUCAAGCCCAUCCAUGUCUUCUUUGGGGCAGCCAUCCUGUCCCUGUCCAUGGCCUCCGUCCUCUCAGGAAUCAACGAGAAGCUCUUCUUCAGUCUGAAGAACACGACUGCCCCCUACUCCAGCCUCCCCCCGGAGGCCCGCUUUGCCAACGUCACCGGCAUGCUGGUGGUCGUCUUCGUGGUGCUGGUCCUCUACAUCCUUCUUGUCUCCUCGUGGAAACGACCUGAACCGGGCAUCCUGAGCGACAGACAGCCCCUGCUGCAUGAAGGGGAGUGAGGCAGAGGGCCAGCUCCUCCUCCCCCAAGCUCUUCUCUGCUGGGGGCUCCGCAAUGGCCUGGAAAGGGUCCAGGGUCCCAGCCUCCUUCUGCCCCCUGUGCCUGUCCUGCUCUAACCAUGGGCUCUUCUUGGGCUUCUGCGCCUCUGGCCCCUUUCUCAGGCCCUCCUGCCAAGCUCUGCUGCCAUCUCCUGACUGUCCGCUACAUCCUCCCCUGGCAGGAGCCCGAUGCUGGCAGUUAGGAAGGGCUGGGCCUGUGCCCGAGGCGGCCCCCACGGCCCCCCACCCACGGGCCUGUGCUGAGAUGGGCAGGGGUGAGUGUGGAUGGAUGGGCCUCAGCCCUCCCAUGGGAGUGGAGGCCUCUACCCUCCGUCCUCUCUCCCACACCUUUGUAAAGUAAUAGGGACGUGUGACUGUCGCUCCCUCCAGCUGCUGCUCCAGCUGGGACCUGGCUCUCGGCCUCGCCCCAUCGCUUACAUGCCUGUUGCCUCCAGCCCCUGACAACUGCUCUGCUAAGCUGCCCUCCCAAGAAGCCUGCAUCGGGCCGAGACUAAUGACAGGGCUGCCUUGGCACAGGAUCUUCUGGCCUCCUCCCGCCCCACAGGAGGCUGGGGCCUUCUCCUGGCCCGCCAGUUCAGGCUCCUGACCCUCCCUACCCCCAGCAUCCUUCCUCAGGAAAUGGCGCAGAAGCCAGGUGGCUCCAUGGUCCAGGCUGGCCCAUGGGCAUUGUGGGAGAGGAGACUCCAGGGCCAUCCAGCGGCCAGAGCAGCCUCUUCAUCCUCCCCCUCCUGCCCAUCUGAUGCAGCCACACUCCCAUCCCAGCCCCCCGCCCCCGCCCCGGCUGGGCUGAUCAAGGCCCUCCCAGAGGGUCUCCUGCAGGCCACACUCAGGGGCUACAUCUGCUCCUCACUCUUCUCUUGCUGUUCUCAAGCAAAGGACACUCAUCCCUCCUCCCCACUUCAGCUUCUCCUUCUGGGCCCUGGCUCAGAUGGAGGGAGGCCGAGUGGGGCCCUAGUGCUGGCUUACACAGGCCCGUCCUAGUGAUGCCAUGGCUCUCUUUUGGGGGGAAGGGCUCAGCAAGUGCUGGGGGAGAGCUGGGGGCAACCCCUCUGGGACUGGGUUUUUUUUAAGGAUCCAAGACCCUCAGGCUUCGUGGCCUGAGGCUGUCAGCAAAUUUAGGUUUGAGAAAAGGGGAAAACCAACUUCCUAAGGGAUCAUGGUUGGAGCUGGGCUUGUGUAAUAUCACCUGGGGCCUGGGUCACUGUGGAGCUCAAGGGUAUCCUUUUUAACUUCAUCAGUUGUAUUCUUUUAGCCUUUUCUUACCAUUAAAGUUGUUUU